AUGGCAGUUAUUACUACGGAGCACAUCGCUAUUGCAGAGCUGGUCAUAUACAUUCCAGUAGCCAUUCUCACGAUAUUCGUGGUCUUUCGUCACGGCUUUCACAAGCAACUAGGAUGGAUUUACCUCGCUAUAUUCAGUGGCAUUCGGAUUGGUGGCGCUGUCAUGGAGAUUUUAAGUCAUAAAAAUCCAGGCAAUGCUAACGACAAGGAGUGGGCCCUCAUUCUUCAAUCUGUCGGCCUUUCUCCACUACUUCUGUCCACCUUGGGUCUCUUGAAAAGAAUAGCGACCGCUGCAUCCCGCCGAAGCAAACUCGUCCAGCUACUUCACAUCCCUGCUCUCAUUGCUCUCAUCCUAGCUAUCAGCGGUGGUACAGAUCAAGCGUCUUCAGACGCCUCUGAUCAAGCCAGUGGGAAGACGGAGACUCAAGCUGCCAUUAUCAUAUACCUUAUUGUCUACAUUGUGACCUGCUUUUUAUGGGUCAUCUCAGUGAAGAAUCUACAAGACAUGCAAUCAAGCCAAAAACGCAUGUUUUUCUGUGUUUUUAUCGCCUUGCCACUCAUUGCCUGUCGUUUGAUAUACAGCCUUAUCAGCGACUUUGGCCACAACUCCCAAUUUUCUUUGGUUGACGGCGACCCGAGGAUUCAACUCGCUAUGGCUACGAUUGAGGAGUUGAUUGUCGUUUUCAUUUAUACUAUUCUGGGACUCGUCACUCCCCGUUCCACUAUCUCUCAGGCUGUUGGGGGUGGAAAGGUGCCAGCGGAAGCUCGGGCUUAUACUGCUGCCCCUGUAUACGACAACUCCUCUUAUCUGCAAAAUUCCCACUCACAGGCUCAGCAGAUGUACCCCCAACAGUAUGCGGAGCAUCAAUAUAGAUAUCCUCAAUCAUACUCAAGAGAGGGAUGA